AUGACCUAUAUCGCCGACCACGACGAGGCUCCAGCCUCCUCUUUGUCUGCUGUUGAUUUCAUUGAAGACGCGUUCAGGUCUUUGAACCUGACUCGUGUUGAGGCCCAGAAUGUUGUACGUGUUCUUGUUGAAGUCAUCAAUCGCGCCACCAGCCCGACUCCAACUUCACCUCCUUCCUCUUCCUCCCACUCCACGACCUCAGUCGACUCCGCUGGCGCUCUCUCCGUCACAAGCUGCCCCACCUGCUCUUUUCACGGCAACAGUCUUGUCGGAGGAUCUCCCUGCUCAACAGCGACGUCCACCAUGGCUGUAUCUAUUGCUGCUGCGUCCACCGUCCGCACUCCUGUCGUCGCCCCAGCAGCGGUUCCUAUCACCUCGCCCGUGGCUCCGGCGCUGGCAGCCACUGCUGUAGCCACGGUCGGCGCACCUGCCAUCAUAAACCCUGUCGUUAGUCCAGCACCCAUUGUUAAUGCAGCUGUUGCACCUCCCGUCGCCGCCACUGUCACGGGUACCACACCCUCAGUGGCUGCUCCACUCUAUGCAGCCGUUCCGCCCAACGCACCGUCCAACGCUGUUCUGCCUCCCGCUCACCUUAUUGUGGCUCCACACGGUUAUCACGUUCCUGCUGCAAACACAGACGGCCCCUUCUAUGUCGUCGCCCGCGGACGCAACAUAGGCAUCUUCAGCGGAUGGGAGACCGUCUCUCCUUUGGUUACUGGAGUCAGUCACGCCGUAUACUCGCGUGUAGCCAGUAUCGCUGAGGGACACGCGAGGAUAAAUGCGGCCAACAACGCAGCGUUUGCGGUGUACUUGACUUGA